ACACACACCCCAGCCAGCACGUGAGACUGAAUGGAGGAAGACGCCCAAGCAGAACAAGUUUGGAAAUGCCAAAUCUGCGGUCGACACUAGAGUUUACAGCGCGCCACGUACAGCCAAUCAGUUGGUUGGAGUCAGUCAGGCAGGCUCUGUCCGAGUUGUUUGGAGCUCAGUGAGAUAAACUGUGCGUAAAAUCCACCUGCCAGACGCAACAGCGCAGCGGUGCCAUGGCAUGCAGGACUCAUCGAGCAAAGUCCACUCUUAUACACACAGAAUAACUGCUAUUUAUAUACGGAUGCCGUCUGUUGUACUGCGAUGGCAGAUUUCCCAAAACUGAUAAUGUGAAGCAGGAUGAUCGGUCCGUCCUCUCCUCUCCAUCCACUCAGUUGCGCCGAGGAACGAUGCUAAGCAAAUCAACGGGAGGAUUUUCUUCUACAGCCACCAAACUGCCUAAUAUUGUUUGGACUCCACCUUUCGAUCCACUCAACAUUUGAACCAACCCUGAAGUCAUGGAGAGCCUCAGUGAGCUACAAAACCCCUUGUUGGACAAAACUAGCCGACAUGUAGUCCAGAAUGACUACCAGGGUUACCAGUGUGACUACCCGACCCACCCUUAUCAAGACAGUCUAAUUGGCUUUUACUACACAGGAACCAGUGGCAAGCAUAAGACUCAGCAGUUCUUGGAUGCAGAGUCUCUUCAUCUAGCAGUGGAGGCCUUCUACAGACCUAACUUCAUCCUGUUCAAGGAUGACAUCAGCCUUCACAGCAAGGAUUCAAAAAGUGAGAGCUUUGAGACCACGUUCACAGAGAAUAAGGAUGCUGUGUCAGAUGGAGUUUCAACAGAAAAUACGGGGGAUCAAACACAAGGAGAGAAGGAUGUAAAGAUCCAGACUGUGUCAUAUGAAGUGGAGGAGGAGCAAGGUCCUGAGUAUGAGAGUGACAGCUCCAGUGACAGUGAGAGUGAGGACAACUUCAUCGUGCUGCCCCCUCGGGACUAUUUGGGUCUGGCCAUCUUCUCCAUGCUCUGCUGUUUCUGGCCCUUGGGCAUCAUUGCCUUUUACUACUCUCACAAGACUGGCAAGGCCAUUGCUAAGGGAGACUUCUCCAGAGCAGGCAUGAGCUCCAGAAGAGCCCUAUUCCUGGCUGCACUGUCCAUUACCAUUGGAACAGGGAUGUAUGUGGGGGUAGUUGUUGCCCUCAUAGCUUACCUGUCCAAGCCUGGACAUGUAUAGCACUGGGACCAAUUGCUUGGAGGGAAAUAGAGGAAAAGAGGAAGAAUACAAGAGGAAGGAAAAAACCUGGACAGAUAUCUUUGCCUCUCAUUAAUGUGUGUGACUGCAGAUGUCUAGCUUGCUGCGAAGAGAUGUCUGCACAGCUAAACCAGAGAGAGAGUAGAGGGCAAAAGUAUUAUGUGUGGAUGGAGUAUCACUUUAACCACAUAUUGAUCUAGACAGAAUCUUUAUUUCUGGUAUUCAGUGCUUACACCAGAGUAUUCUACAAGAGGAAGAUGCUGUACUUCUGUAUAAAAAUGAACUCAUAGCAGUAAGAAACUACCUACCUUUUUUCACAUUAGUCAUUAAUAUCUUUCUUGAGCUUUACAAUAGGUGUUUUUUCUCUCCAUAAUAUUGCACAUUGUUUCUUAAAAAAAACUUGUAUAUAAAUUUCUUGGAAAAACAGUCUGCCAAUUAUUAUGUAAUUAUUUAUUGAAAAAACUAACUUGAAAGUGAUCCAGUCAAUAAGAAAUAAGAUGACCUCUGACAGAAAAGACAAAGCUGCUUAGCAGUGGACAUGAGGAUUAUUGUUGUCUAUUGUAUACUGUACAUCUAGUAAAUAAAUAUAUUUGGCAUGAGCAAUGAAACUCUUUACCAUCCUUUACAUUCCUUUGUUUGUUGUCUUUUUUAGAGGUCUGUUGUA